AUGAACAAAACCACCGAUGGCUCCCUGCUAGUGAUCGACCUCUGGUACGACUACCCCAACGGCCGUAACUUCAAUAUAAUCCAGUACCAGUUGGGCAAGAAGCUGUACGACCUCGAAUGGAACAACGGGACCUCCUAUUUCUACACGCUGGACGACAACAAAGAGUGCCAGACCAAGCAUGUCCCGGUUGGGAUCUUGCGGCCCGAUUGGCUCGACGGGGCGAAUUAUCUGGGUCGGGUGUAUAAAGAUGGGUUUUUGUGCAACGUGUGGGAGAAGGUCGACUUCAUUUGGUAUUAUGAGGAUGUUGCUACCAAGAGACCUGUUUACUGGGCUUUCUACACCGGGAUGGUAGCACAUGUGAUGACAUUUGAGGUUGGGAAAGUGCUUGAUGACCUGAAUUGGCAAGCUCCUGUCUACUGUUUUGAGGAGGCUGCAGAGAGAAAGAACAUUGUUGCGUUUCUUGAUCCGGCAUCUGGUUUUUCGAUGAGAGAUGUCCGAAGUAGUGUUAAUCCUAUGGUGAUUUAG